UAUUGAAAGCUUGCCGGAGAAUCCAAAAAAGCCUGACACUCUGAAAUUGAUUCUCUGAUUCCCUUAGGUGGGAUCAGAGGAUCAUCUCUUCCCACCAUCCCAAUCACUUUCUUCAUAAAUAGUGAUUUAAGAAAUAUAUGUAUGUAUAUGCGUAUACGUAUAUAUAAUUUCCAUAUCAACAAUCCUCUUGGCUGUUGAAGCUUUCGAAAAUUUGAAUUUUCGUUCAUGGGUUCGAAUAUAUCUUGAUAUAAGCAAGUUUUGGGAACAAAAAAGUGGGUUUUGUUUGAUAUCUCCAAAUGGGUAUCCCGCAAAUUGAUGGGAAAAUGGAGGGGUGGCUUCACCUCAUUCGUUUCAAUCGAUUUGGGUUGCAAUAUUCACGUAAAAGGUAUUUCAUUCUCCAAGAAAACUGUCUCAGGAGCUUCAAGUCAAUACCCACUUCAGACAGAGAGGAGCCAGUGAGAAGUGCAAUUGUAGACUCCUGCAUUCGGGUCAUAGACAAUGGAAGAGAAAGUCAUCACAGAAAAGUAUUCUUCAUUUUCACCCUGUAUAAUACUUCUAACCACUAUGAUCAGCUAAAGUUGGGAGCAAGCAGUCCAGAAGAGGCCGGUAGAUGGAUCCAAUCUUUACAGGAUGCAGCACUUAAUCCAGGAAAGAAUUUAAAAUCUUCUUCAAAGAGAAAAUGGCAGCCUUUUAGUUUAAGUGUUUCAAAGAGGAGAGCCCAUAAAAAUUCUGUAGACUGGGCCUCUGCUUCAUCCAUGCAUGUGGAUGCAAUGACAUCUGACGUGAUAGCACCUUCGCCAUGGAAAAUAUUUGGCUGUCAAAAUGGGCUCCGGCUAUUUAAAGAAGCAAAAGAUAGGGAUUCCAGUGGGAUGUAUUGGGAUGAUAACCCUGCAAUAAUGGCUGUUGGUGUGGUUGAUGGAACUUCAGAGGCUGUUUUUCGGACUCUCAUGUCUCUUGGUCCCUCAAGAUCAGAAUGGGACUUCUGUUUCCACAGAGGUAGUGUGGUUGAGCACCUUGAUGGUCAUACAGAUAUAGUUCAAAUGCAACUAUACAAUGAUUGGCUACCAUGGGGGAUGAAACGAAGGGAUUUACUGUUGCGUCGUUACUGGAGAAGGGAGGAUGAUGGCACAUAUGUAAUUUUAUACCAUUCUGUGUUUCACAAAAAGUGCCCACCAAAGCCUGGCUAUGUUCGUGCUUGCCUUAAAAGCGGUGGAUAUGUGAUAACUCCAGUGAACCAAGGCAAAGAAUCAGUUGUAAAACACAUGCUUGCAAUUGAUUGGAAGUUCUGGAAAUUCUAUCUGCGAAAAGCUUCUGCAAGAUCAAUAACAAUCCGUAUGCUUGGUAGAGUUGCAGCUUUGAGAGAGUUGUUUCGAGCAAAAACAGGAAAUUAUUCCUCCUCUGAAUUUUCAUCUGGAGAGUUCACAAGAGAUAUUAGGAUGUCUCUGACUGGAAACGAGGAUAUCAAAACAGAAGUUGAUUUGAUAAAGACAGAAGAGGACAAAAUGGAAGAUGAGGCAGGGAAACCACUUUCAGGGUCGUCAAGUCUUAUGGGACUGAAUGAUGCUUCUGAUGAGUUUUAUGAUGUUCCAGAACCAUUGGACGAUGAUCAAUUAGAGCAUGAGUGGCCUUCUGAUCUAAAUUCCGAAUUGCUUUAUCUGGAGGCAUACCAGCCUAAGAUGUCGUCAGCUGAGAAAUUCGUGAAGAAAUUGCAUGAUCUUGCUGUUCAGAAGAAGGGUUACAUGGACUUACAAGAGGUGGCUUGGGAGAAUAAUGUCUCAUCCUGCUAUGGGGCCACUCUUGCAAAGGACUCAAGUUGCACUCUACCUUGUAGUUGGACAGCAGCUGAUCCUUCGUCAUUUUUAAUCCGUGGAGAUAAUUAUCUGCAAGACCAUCAAAAGAUUAAGGCAAAAGGAACCUUGAUGCAAAUGAUAGCUGCAGAUUGGAUAAAAUCAGACAAGCGUGAAGAUGAUCUUGGUGGCCGCCCUGGAGGCAUUGUUCAGAAAUAUGCAGCAAAAGGUGGGUCAGAAUUUUUCUUCAUUGUUAACAUACAGGUUCCAGGUACAACGACAUACAGUCUAGCUCUAUACUACAUGAUGAAAUCUCCUUUAGACGAAACUCCUGUACUAGAGCACUUUGUCAAUGGAGAUAAUGCGUAUAGGAAUUCAAGGUUCAAGCUCAUUCCAUACAUUUCCAAGGGAUCAUGGAUAGUCAAGCAGAGUGUUGGAAAGAAAGCUUGUUUGGUGGGUCAAGCACUUGAAGUACAUUAUUUUCGUGGGAAGAACUACUUGGAGCUUGGUGUUGAUGUUGGGUCAUCAACAGUGGCCAGGGGUGUGGUCAGCCUUGUUCUCGGAUACCUGAACAAUUUGGUUAUAGAAAUGGCAUUUUUGAUACAGGGUAACACGGAAGAGGAGCUCCCAGAAUUCCUGCUUGGAACAUGCCGACUUAAUCAUCUGGAUGCGAUGAAAUCAGUUUCUAUUGACUCCAUGAUUACUGACUAAACAAUGUUAGUCGUGGGGGGGUGCAUUGGAUGCCGGAUCAUUCGAUACAGAGCAAAGAUGAUGGAAAGAAAUACAGACUAACUGUACAUGAACAUUUUUCAUUCAGUUAAUUAGAAUUGGCAGGUAAAUAUCAUGUCUAUUGAUUCUUUGGGUUGGGGCAAUUCAAUCUGUAAAUUUCUAUUUUUAAGUAAAGAAUUAUUCUUCACUCUUAUUCUUUGUGAUCUGUAUAAC